AUUUUCCAAAAGAGAAAUAAAAAAGGAAAAUAAAAUAGAGUUAUGACAUGAAGAAUGAGUCUAGAGAGAGAAACUCUCGCCUCUCUCUAGAAUUGAAAUUUUCUCACGAUUGUUCAUUUUACCUACAAUUGAACCUCCGCUACUUGGUGGAACCAUGGCUAAGGUUUCGAAGAAAGGUAAUGGUGGGCAGAAGGUGAAGCAACUGAUUAAGGUGGUUAAGAAACCUCAUACAGUUAAUGCGAAGAAGAUGAAGAAUGUGAAUAAGAUUUCAGAGAAUGUGGCCUUAAGUUGGACAUCAGAGCAAGAACUUGAUGACGAUUCUGUAGCAUCGGUGGAUUAUAAUGCUUUAAUGUUGGAUCGAGCAAAUUUUGAGGCGGCUCGAAGUCAACUGGCGAGUUGGGUGGCACGGAUGCGAACUCCGGCGAUACCUGCGUCCAGCAACAUGGUGAACCCUUCUCCUCAACCUUUGCAGCAAUUAGCCAGUCACACAGACUCAGUGGCAGGAGAGCUUUGUGGGAGUACCUAUGUUGAAAGUGAUGAACAAAUUGAAAAAGUUGAAGCAGGUUCUUAAAGUGUUGCACAGGAAUAAAUUCUCUAAUGUUGAAACUAAUGCUUCUGUUGCAUUAACAAAGCUCAUGGACAUUCAACAAAGUAUAUACCUUGACUCUCAGAACUUAGAGCUGCAUCAUCAGGAGGUUAAAGCCAGGAAAGUGUACGAUAAUUUGAAUGCUACUAAAAUGAGUUUCCUGAGACUGAAGCAGGAUUGGAUCAAGGGCGGUGAUGAAAAUUCUAGCUACUUUCAUGCUUGUUUGAGGAAGCGAAGACAACAUAAUCAUGUACAUAUAAUAAGAGAUGUAGAGGGUAUUUGGCAUGAAAAUUCGAAGGAUGUUGAACGAGCUUUCUUGAAGUAUUAUGAGAAGCUGUUGUGUUCAGAGA